AGCAAAAUGUCUCAGAAACUGUAUGUAACAAAUAUGUCACGUCGGGCUCUUAUGGGUUGAUUCAUAUUGGGUUAUCAGAGCAGACUUCUGGAAAAUGAGUUGAUAAAAUCAUUAGCAAAAUAUGACUACAUUAAAAUAGUUUAAAUCAGUUUCUCAGCUCAUUGACUAGCUGUUCAUAAACCAUUAUUUUUUUACAGUUCUCUUUGUUUGUUUUAAAUUUGUUUUCAUCGCAUUCAUUACCCAAUGAAAGUUGAGAACAUGUCUUGAGCCACGAGCCAACUGUUAAAUAAAGAAAUGGUGUAGUUUAUGCAUAAAACGUUUAAUUUGUAGAUGAAAAUGGAUCUGUUAUGGAAAACCUACUUGAUACACUACUAAUUUUAUACUAAUACUAUUAAAGAACUGAAGGUUUAUUUUUGGACAGACGUUUAGAGUCAGUUCACCCAGAUGAUCGCAGUCUGCGACAAACUGUGGUGUAAGCGUUCAUUAAGACAUCAGCUGAUGCUACACCUUUUCAGCACCGCGGACAGCUCCAUUCUGCAUACCAGGCAGAUGGGGGCCGGUUAUAAAAGCGCGUGUGCAGCCUUCCUGCAUCAGAUCCGCAUCGACAGCACGAGACAGCAUGGAUAGCAGGUUCGGCUUCCCGAAGACAGUCGCUCAAGACCUGUUUUCACCGCACAAACCAAAACGCUUUGGAGUAGACGGUAGCGUCGUGACUAGAAGGACGUCCGCGGACAUGAGUUCGACAAAGCCGUUAUCUGGAAAGUUUAAUGAGAAAGAACUGAUGCAUGGCUUGAACCAUCGCCUUUCCGGAUUCAUAGAGAAAGUGCACCAGCUGGAGCACCAGAACCACCUUCUGGAGAGGGAAAUAGAGGAGAUCAGAGGGAAAGCAAAACCCGCAUCUUGUUUGGAGGAGGAGUACGGGCCAGAGCUCAGGAAACUGAGACAGAUGGUUCAAGAUAUCUCUCACCAGAAGCAUCAAAUUGAAAUUGAGCAUCAAAAUUUAGAGGAAGAGCUUUCGAGCUUGAAAAGACAACAUGAGCAGGAGACGCUAACCAGAUCGGAGGCAGAGAACAAUAUCAUGGUCCUGAGGAAGGACAUCAACGAAGCGUACCAGGCUAAACUACAGCUGGACAAGAAAGCGCAGUCCCUCGUGGAUGAAAUCCACUUCCUGAGGAGCAACCAUGAGACUGAAGUCUCUGAGAUGUUUAAUCAAAUCCAGGAGGCGCAGGUGAAUAUGAAAGACUAUGAAUUUGGCCACCCUGACGUCACUGCGGCACUUCGGGACAUCAGGGCACAGCUAGAAGGUCACACCUUGUCCGACGUCCAGCAGAUAGAAGAAACUUUCCGAUCUCAGUUUGCGAGAUUAACUGAGGCGGCCGAAGCUCAGAGAGAGACCUUAAAAUCGUCCCAGCAGGAGAUCCAGGAAUACAGAAGGCGCCUGCAGGCAAAGAGCAUCGAGCUGGAAAGCUCUAAAGGCACCAGAGAAGCGCUGGAGAAGCAACUUCAUGAUGUCGAGGACCGUCACAAGGAGGAACUUAUUCACUAUCAGAAUACAAUUAAAGAACUUGAAAAUGAGCUCAUAAAUUGCAAAUUUGACAUGUCUGGUUACCUGCGGGAGUACCAAGAUCUCCUAAAUGUGAAGAUGGCUUUGGAUGUGGAGAUACUGUCCUACAGGAAACUUCUCUGUGGUGAAGAAGCUCGGCUAUCCUCAAUGUCCGACUCCCACAUCUCUUUGCCCCACAUCUACCAUCAGUCCCCUGUUUACAGCCUCCCUUGCUUCAGCAGACCAGGGGGGCCACACAGACGAGUAGAGCCCCAAUACAAGUUUGUAGAGGAGAUCAUAACAGAGACCACAAGGGAAAUUGAGAUGUCAGAAUUUGAAGAGACAGGAUCAGAGGAAACAGAAGUGGGUAAAGAUGAGCAGGAGUCCAGCAAAAGUGAGAAAGGGGGCAGCAAGGAGGAGGAUUAUCAUAAAGACAAUGGAGAGGAGGAUGGAAUCCAGAUGUCUGAUAGUCAGCAGAAUCAAAUAGAAUCAGGUGAAGAUGACUAUAGGGAUGGAGAGAGACCCGGUGUGAUGGAGGAUGGUGAAAAAAUUAAAAAAAGUGAAGAUGAGUCAGAGGAGACUGAAGUACUUCAAAAGAACAUAGAUACUGACAGAGAUAAAAAUACUCACAGCAACAUCUUACUGAGUGAGAGCCUUAAUGAGGAAGGAAAUGAGUGUCAUAAAGCAGAUGAAAAUGCAAAGGAGAAAAAAGCUGCAGUGAUUAAGUUAAAAGAUCAGUCAGAUCACGCUUCAAAACAACAUGAGUUAAAACCAGAGGUCCCAGUGGAGGGGGAAGCCCUGAAUAAGUCCGAAGAUGAAAAACAAGGAUCUUCUACGGAAGAAAAUUUCAUCACAGUUCAAGAUAGUAAGCCUGCUGAUGAAAAAAACUUGGCCCAAGUUUCAGAGGAAUCUGACAAAAGUCAAGAGAAUAGUGGUGUUCAAGGGCAGGAUAAAAUAAAGCAUUUGGCAUCUGAAUCAGUUCAGAAAAAUGCUGAUUUUUCAGCAGAAAAAAAGAGCUCCCAGGCCACAGAGACAGAAAAGGCCGGUGCAUCUAAAAUAACUAAGAAUGAGGAAAAAGAAAAAAGUCUUAAAGAGACUAAAGAAAUCAGUAAAGUUGACACCGAGAAGGGAGAAAAAUUGGCAAAACACAUUCAGGAUGUCACACGUGAGAGCAAAAAAGAACAAGACAGUGGCUCAUCUCCUCAGUCUACAGUGAUAAGUGUUCCUAAAGUAGACAGUCAGCAGUCACACAGUGGAGAUAAAACUCAAACAGUCCAAACUGCACUCCCAAGUGUGACAGUAGUAAACAAAGAGUUACAUCAGGCGGUAUCAGAGAGCAGCCCGAUUCAGACACAAAGUGGUUCAGAAGACUCAAAAAAUAAAUGAUCUUCACGGAAAA